AUGGCUGUUCUCGAUUUCGCCGGUCGGCUCGUUGGAGUCGAUCAGCCUGUUUACAUCAUUGCUGAGAUAGGACAAAAUCAUCAAGGCUGCCUGCAGACGGCGAUGCUCAUGAUCGAGGAGGCGGCUCGUGCCGGUGUCGAUUGCGUGAAGUUCCAGAAAUCGACCCUUCGAGAAAAAUAUUCACCUUCGGUCUUGGCGAGACGUUAUGACUCGCCGAAUUCCUUCGGCUCCACCUAUGGAGCCCACAAAGCUUUCCUCGAACUCACCGAAGACGACUAUCGAGCGCUUCAGAAGAAAGCCCGCGACUGUGGAGUCCAGAUGACAGCUUCCGCAAUGGACCAGACUGCUCUGGAUUUUCUCGAGUCUCUAGAGGUGCCUUUCAUCAAGAUUGGUUCGGGAGACUCGAACAACAUGCGUCUCAUUGGGAAAGCGGCCAAAACUGGGAUACCGCUGGUGAUUUCGACCGGCAUGAGCAACAUGGAAACCGUUGAACGCAUUUAUUCCCUGGUUUCAAACUCCUUCGGAAUGCUACAAUGCACAUCGGCCUAUCCCACUCGACCGAGUCAGGUGAAUCUCAACGUCAUCGACGCAUAUCGGCAACGAUUUCCGAGAGCUGUCAUCGGAUUCUCUGGACACGAAGAAAGCUUCAUUGCCACGUUGGGCGCAGUUGCAAAAGGCGCGAAGAUUAUCGAGAGGCACUUCACGCUCGACAAAUCGCUCAAAGGGAGCGAUCACAAAUGUUCCCUCGACCCGGUCGAGAUGAGGACGAUGAUCGAGCAGAUCCGCGUCUUAGAAAAGUGUCUCGGGAGCAGUGCGAAAACUUUCCUGGAUUGUGAACGACCGUGUUUCGACAAGCUCGGCAAGAGUAUAGUAGCUUCCAGGAAUAUCAGGAGCGGGACGAAAAUCGCCGAAGUCGAUCUCCAAGUCAAGGUCGCUGAGCCGCACGGUUGGAAUCCAUUGGAGGAGGACUCACUUCUGAAAAGAAUCGCGACCCGUGACAUCAUGGAAGGCGAAUCCAUCGUCGCCGACUGCGUGACUUAG